CUCUCUCACAUUCUGCUCCUCUAAAAAUAAUUGAAUCAUUCUCACCCCUCCCUCAAAUUUAGAAUAUUAAUAAGCCCCUCUCUACUUCCUUCUAUUUCUGUCUUCAAAUCCAUUUCCUUCUUUCUCUCUUUCUCUGUCCAUUUAAUUGAACCCGUUAAAAAGCAUAAUUAGCAUUUAAAUCUCUCCAACACUGUCUCCCCCCCUCCCUCUCUCUACAUGUCUCUGUCGCUAAGGCAACCAAUGCUUUUUCCCACUCCCUCUCUACAUCUCCCCUCUCGCUCUGUCUCUAUCCCUCACUCCCUUCUUCUGCAGCGAGAGAAAGAUGAGCGUAGGAGCAGGGGUGCUGUGAACAGCUGAAGCGAUGGAGAGAUGCUCCAUCUCUCCUGUUACCCGACUGGCCGCCCUGUGCUGCCUGCUGGCUGCCGCGACGACCCGUCCCGUGUCAUGUGACGGGGGCCGCGGGAAGGCGGACGGAGGAGAGAGCGAAAGUGAUCGGGCGGGAGAGCUGCAGAUCGACACGCUCUCGCCACAGCUGUCAGUCACGACCCAGGCCACGCCCACCCCGCUCUGGGCGGUCGUUUGGGGGCCCACGCACCCCAUUGAGGACGAGACCCCUCAUUUCCUGCCGGGCCAGGAAAUGGACCUCCAACACCCGACCACGGAGUCCUGGCAACUUCUCCAGAACCCGCCGACCACCAAAACCCAGCAACUCUUACUGGGAGAGAGAAAAAAAGAGGGGGAAGAAGAUGAAGAAGGAGAAGCUGACAGCGAGAGAGAGGAAGUUGAUCCACAGUUCUACGUCACAGUCACCAUCUCCUCUCUGUUGAUUCUGACAGCUGUCAUCAUAACUGCAAAACUCUGUUACGAUCGCAGCUGCUCGCGGCACCCGCCCCCCCUCUCCCGCGGGGCGGCGCCCCCCCUGUCCCUCUCCCUCCCGCGCUCCCUGGCUCCCGAGGACAGCAGGCAGGUGCUGCACAGCACCCCUUCCUUCACAGACAGGGAGAGAAUACCUGUGGUGAAUCUCUAAAGACGACUGUUCUUGAUUGAUUUCUGCUGGAUAUGGACAUGUCUUGGUGUUACAAGGUGUAACUGUCUAUGUUAUUUCCCCAACUGUGAAUCAUAGGGCCAGGGUUCACUCAGUUAAUCCUUUAAUGAUCUGGAGUUAAACUAAAGACACCUCUUUUCCUCAUGCCGUCGCUGGUACCACCUUCAUUACUUCUGAUAUUUUUACAGGUAUAUUUAUAUAGGUAGAUUUAUAUAGGCAUUUCCAUGUACUUUUGGACUAUACUGUUAGGAUACUCUGUAUAUUCUGCCUCACAUUCUGUACUGCAGUUCACCAGCUCAACGGCACAUUCAACAGACUGAUCCUGGAUCUUCAGUGCUUCCUGCCGGUCUCUUUAAGACGGCAAGCAUUGCUUCCACUGCAGUACGGCGGUUGAGCUGCUCGCGCUGUGAAACGUGCCUGACCAUACCUCUGAAGUCGAGUCAUUCCCACCCGCAAAGGGUUAAAGCGAUCAUAGCCUUCCCGAGACCAUUUCGUUGCGCGUUGCCGCUGUGCUAUCAUGUGUGAUUAGUGGUAUUAACAACGUAAUGUGUUGCGUUCAAAUGAAACUGUGGUACAGUGUACGCAGAAAACCCAAUAAAAAAAAAAAUCAACC